GUAUUCUUGCUCAUCUUCCAGGGUGCAAGUGUACAACAGGAUACAUGUGAGAGACAACUCAAAGAAGAAACUCCUCAAAGCAUCCAGCCAGAAGACGAGGAAUCCCACGGGUGGAGUGUGGGCAAAGAAGAGACAAGUCUACCAGGACCAAGUAAGCAUUUCAGUGAACAGAAUAACCCAGCUUGCCAUGUGAACUGGGAACCUGGCUUUGACCAGAGACCGGACUUGAGCCAAGACAGACAAUCGGAGGUCCUCUCUGAAUCAAAUUUCCAGAACAGGUACGUCUUGAACGACUUGGGCAGCUUUGGCAAACCUGGAUAUGGAGAGAUGGAUAACUAUGAUGGGCUACAAGAUUCUCCAACCCAUCUACCUGACGGCCUUAGUUAUGUUAAUCAAUUUAAUGAGAACAGGAAAAAUCCCGAAGGAGCUGAGCACCAGUGUUACACAGCAGGGUCUCCACAGAACAGAGGAACUGAGGAGAGCUCCCCUGUUAGGACUAACAGUGAUGUGAGCGGGGAAUUCAGCGGCUUGCUUAUUGACGAGGAAGGAUAUCUGCAGGAGCCAAAUAUCAGAUACUCCGAGCAGAUAUCUGGUGAUCUGGGCAGCAGAAUGAGCUUCCGAGGGCAGGAAGUUCAGUUCCCCACUGCAUCAUAUGAAUCCUCGGCUUCAUAUGGUGAGACCUUGCAACAAAGAUUACAUCAUCAAAAUUCAGAAAAUGAAGCAAGGAGCAGCACCCACAACCACUGUUUUACCACGUUACCUAAUUCGGUUUCUUUUAAGCCCCACAAACAGUCCCAUAAAGGCACAGGACAAGGAUCCUCAUACAUCUGCAACCAGUGUGGAAAGACCUUCACUCAAGCCUGUAAUCUGAAAGUCCACCAGAGGAUCCACUUGGGGCAGGGCCUCCAUCUGUGCAGCCACUGCGGAAAAGGAUUCCCAUCCUUUGCCAACUUAAAAACUCACAAGUGUGGCCAAACAGGCAACAAACCUUAUUGCUGCGCUGUUUGUGGGAACAAGUUUAGCCGCCUUUGGAACCUGAAGCUGCACCAAAGGAUUCACACGCAGGAAAAACCUCACCAGUGCAGCAUGUGUGACAAGAGCUUCACUAGGGCAGACAUCCUGAAAGUGCACCAGCGCACCCACACGGGGGAAAGACCAUACUGCUGCGCCAUUUGCGGCCACAGCUUCAAACGCCUGGACCACCUCAAGUCACAUCAACGCAAACACGUGACAGACCUGUAGGACUAAAGCGAGCGAGUUUGGGUUUAAUGGUGCUCUCCGUCUUUCAAUCUGGUAAUCUACGAAUGAACGUUUGCACUGCUAAGUUUCAAACUCUUCAGUUGUCGGUUGCAUUUAUUUAAUGCAAUUAUUUAAAUACAUUUUAUUAUGAAAAUAAAUGACGAGAUGUAAUAUUUUUCACAUUUAAAUUGAUGUCUUCAACUUAACACCUGCACACUUUGUAUAUUUAAUUCACUGUAUUUGAUUAGAAUGUACUCAAUGUGAAUUCUCAACUGCAUAAAAAAAUAAAAUAAAACUGGCUUUGGAUGUCA